CUGAAAUCGUUGAAUUAUUUAGAUUGUGAAAAUGAUGAUUUUGAAGACGACUAUUUUGAUGUGUUGUUGUUUUUUGGUAUUUGGUGAAUGGAAGAGUAUAUUACCAUGGCAAGUCAAAACAACUUUAUUAGAACUGUCUGAUCAGUUUGAUAUCCAAUCUAUAAGAGGAACACCAAAACCAAUUUAUAGACACGAUUUAAGAGACGAUUAUGUAGCAUAUUGGUAUAUAGAGAUUAAUAAUGAUGGAUAUGUUAUUCUAUCAUCCAGCCCAAAAACAGGUGAUUAUAAACUGGUAAUACAAGGUAGUGCACCAUCAAUGUUAGAUCAAGUUGAUAAAAUAGCGUUGUUAAAGAAGAGUAAAUGUAGUAAAUAUUAUAUGAUGACCCCGACACCAGAUAUUGAUAUAGCUUGUUAUUCUGAUCAUGAUCAGAUGAUAUUCCAUAAGAAUAGCAUAUAUCAUACAACGGAUGCUCUUAGUACAUUUAAAAAACUGUGGGAAAACCAAAGAUAUGAUGUAACCCGAGAAGGUAUCUGGGAAAAUUCCAUACUUAAUAAACAUCAACAAGCUUCGUAUUAUCAUGUUAUCGGAGACAGCCAUAAAAUCGUCGUUGGCGACAACCAUCAAAUCGGUAUCAAAUCUAUGAAUGACGGAGAAGUUACCCAUGAAGAAGUUCAAACUAAAUUAUGUAAUCUUCUGAAGAUUUGCAAUCCAAAAGAUAAUACAUUGGUUGAUUCUUCGAAGUUUGGUAAAACCAAGUAUGGGCAGGCUUUCCUUGAGAUAAAUGUACCAGAAAAGGUUAACAAUGUACAUCGGUUUAAAAUCUCAGGAUAUUACCUAGGACAGUUUUAUGGACGACGAUUUAUGAUCGAUGCACAAAAAAGGGAAAAACGUCAAACCACCGCUUGGACAGAAUAUUCCAUUGAUGAUGAGUAUUUGUUCCCCGACUAUAACCAACACGGUAUUGACUGUAAGAAAGGGUGGUUCUUUAACAGUAACAAAGUAACCUGUUGCUCUGUUGGCUGUGGACCAGUAGCCUGGGCUAUGGUUUUAGGCUAUUAUGAUCGACGAUCGCACGAGAAGCGUGUAACAUAUGGUACUGGAAGUCAGUCGUUAUACAAUUGUGGUGUUAAUGCCACUAGCGGUUCUCCUAGUUGCGAAGCCCCAUCUUCCACCACAAGUGCAGUCAAGAAGUUAACAGAAUACCUUCAUUAUGAAAUGAAAACGUUUUGUUUAAGCGGACAGGGAGCAACAACACAGGAUAAUAUGAAGAUAUUUGAAAAAUAUUUCAAAUCACACCAGAGAUCUGGCAAUGCUUCUGUAACUAUCCACACUGAGGGGAUAUCAAGCUUUGUGGGAGCAUACAAUGACGAUAUUCGAGAUUCAGCUUUCAGCUAUCUGCGUUCUAAAUGGCCAGUUGUAGUGGGUAUUAGAGUGAAUGGCAUCUUUUCACAACACUACCCUGUAGCUACUAAAUACAGAAUACGACAAAAACAAGAAUGCUCGACAAAUUGUACCACUUCAACAGAGACAGAUAUGUAUCUGCACAUGGGAUGGGGCGGAAGUAGCAAUGGUUGGAGGCCCGCUAAGAUGUUCUUCGCUGGUGUGGCACGCUACUAAAACGCCAAAAAGUCUUCAUAAAAAUCUUGAAAUACAUUCAUACC